AUGAGCCGAGUCCCCAAGGCCGGUGAUCAUCUCCGGCCCGAUCCCGCGGGGCUCAGUUCGGCCAAGUGCCCCAGCCGGAUUCUCCCUCCCAGCCGCAGGACCCUUAGCCCCCUACCCCUGCUCACCCCCGACUCCCUGGACGCCGUUCAGGGGCCCGACGACCCCCCGCAGGGAGUGCCGGCCCGCGGCGCCGCGCGCACCUGGGCGCUGCUCUCCCUCUGCCUGCUGGGCUGCGGGGCCCAGGACUUCGGGCCGACGCGCUUCAUCUGUACCUCGGUGCCGGUGGACGCCGACAUGUGCGCGGCGUCCGUGGCGGCCGGCGGCGCGGAGGAGCUCCGGAGCAACGUGCUGCAGCUCCGCGAGACCGUGCUGCAGCAGAAGGAGACGAUCCUGAGCCAGAAGGAGACCAUCCGCGAGCUGACCACCAAGCUGGGCCGCUGCGAGAGCCAGAGCACGCUGGACACGGGCACCGGCCGCAAGCAGCCCGGCUCCGGCAAGCACACCAUGGGCGACCUGUCCCGGACGCCAGCCGCCGAGACGCUCAGCCAACUCGGGCAAACUUUGCAGUCGCUCAAAACCCGCCUGGAGAACCUGGAGCAGUACAGCCGCCUCAACUCCUCCAGCCAGAGCAACAGCCUAAAGGAUUUGCUGCAGAGCAAGAUCGAGGACCUGGAGCGGCAGGUGCUGUCGCGGGUCAACAGUCUGGAGGAAGGCAAGGGGGGGCCCAAGAACGACACAGAGGAGAGGGUCAAGAUCGAGAACGCCCUGACCUCGCUGCACCAGCGCAUCAGCGAGCUAGAGAAAGGUCAGAAAGACAGCCGGCCCGGGGACAAGUUCCAGCUGACAUUCCCGCUGCGGACCAACUACAUGUAUGCCAAGGUCAAGAAGAGCCUGCCGGAGAUGUACGCCUUCACCGUGUGCAUGUGGCUCAAGUCCAGCGCGGCGCCCGGCGUGGGCACCCCCUUCUCCUAUGCUGUGCCGGGCCAGGCCAAUGAGCUGGUGCUCAUCGAGUGGGGCAGCAACCCCAUGGAGAUCCUCAUCAAUGACAAGGUGGCCAAGCUGCCUUUCGUGAUCAAUGAUGGCAAGUGGCACCACAUCUGUGUGACCUGGACCACCCGGGACGGGGUCUGGGAAGCCUACCAGGAUGGGACCCAGGGCGGCAGUGGCGAGAACCUGGCACCCUACCACCCCAUCAAGCCGCAGGGCGUGUUGGUGCUGGGCCAGGAACAGGACACCCUGGGUGGUGGGUUUGAUGCCACCCAAGCGUUUGUGGGUGAACUGGCUCAUUUCAACAUCUGGGACCGCAAGCUAACGCCGGCGGAGGUGUACAACCUGGCCACCUGCAGCACCAAGGCCCUAACCGGCAACGUUGUCGCCUGGGCCGAGUCCCAAGUUGACAUCUUCGGAGGAGUCACCAAGUGGACAUUUGAAGCCUGUCGCCAGAUCAACUGAGGGCUCUGGGCCAGGGCUGAGCGCCCCCGGCCCCAGCCCCCAGCCCCACACCCGUCCCUCUGCUUGUGCCACCAUGACCCUCCGUCCCCCAGCAAUGAAUCCAAGCCCUGGCCCCUGCACACGCACACAUGCACACACAGCCUGGUUUGCCCCUUCUCUCUGGCACGCACGCACACACGGAGCAGUCCCGGCUGGCGGCUGACCCUGAGGAUAAUCCACCUCUCUUUGGGACCCGUAGACCAGGUCCUGGGCGCCCCCUGCCCUCAGCUGCAGCAGGCGGCCUUGGCAUUUUGCAGGAGGCAGAAGUAGGUGAGAGGGGUGUGUUUGUGUGUGUGUGUGUACGCGCGCGUGCAUGCGUGGCCUGAAGGAGACUUCUGUAGGCGUCGGUGGCCUUUCCUUCCCUUCAUCCCUCUGCCGCUUCAGGGCCUAGCGCCGCCGCCGCCGUCACCAUUGCUGUCCGAGGACCCUGGUGGCUGGCUGCUGCCCACGGGCACUGCUUCCUGAGCACACACAUCUGUCUUUGCAGCCCUUGCGGAGGCCGGCAGUCUCUGGUGAGGAUAGAUGUGCACGCAGCCUGUCCGGCCAGCCCUCCCUUGGAGAGUGUUCACUUUGCAUUCCGAGCCAAAGCCCUCCCUUCCCGAGGCUCCAGUGCGCUGGGAGGGGGAGAGUCUGCUGAGGAAGGGGUGCUGGCUGAGGAUCUGGCUGAGCCCUGUGCACCCACCACCCCUGCUGCUUGCAUUUGUGGCAGUGCAAGGGCCUGCUCCCUCUGCCACCUUUCUCCUCGCACCGCACCCCACCAGGUGGGAUCCAUAUCCCACCUUUAUCUGUGCUGACUGGCCUUCGCCUACAUUCACCUAAGCAGCUGCAGGUAGUCAUGGCCCCAAGGCUGCCGCCUCCCCUUAGUUGCUGGCAGGGGAGACCAGAGACUUCAGUGGGUCAGUCCCAGGGGGGACCUUUCAGACACGGGGACCCGCUUUCUGAUGAAGGCCCAGCCACGCAGAGUCACUGAGAUGUCAACCCAACGGGCUGACAGGUGGCGGGGAGAGGGGUGACCCGUGGUGAUCCUGACAGCCAUAUCCCUCCCCCCCAUCCCAGACCCAGGCCUGGGAGAGCUGGUUCCCAAAGGGCUCCCAGCUGUGGGGGUGCCAUCGCUCACUGGCUAGGGACCUGGCCAGUGUCUAGAGCCUUUGGCUCAUCCCCUUUCCCGUGAAAAGCAGCCACGCACGCUUCCUCCUGGCUCUCCUGAGGAGGGGACAGCGUUGUGUGUGUGUGUGUGUGUGUGUGUGCGCGCGCGCGCUCGCGCCCACAUGCAUGCAUGUGCGUGGAGGGUGAGCAGCCGGCCGGCGGGCACGUCCAGGGCAGUAUCAGCUCUUGGCUCCGCUUGGCCACCCCUGGCCAGGGUGGCACACCCUUCGGGGACCCUGGACUCUGCCACCAGGCGUCUCCUGAGCAAACUACUGGCGAGUCUUCCUGCAGUGUGCUAUGCUGCCUGGCGGCUCACCUGCAGCUGCAGCCAUUCCUCCGGGGAGCAGGCGCUCCUGUCUCCUGUCCCCCGGGAAGGGGUGGGGCUGGGGGAGGCGCCUGCCUCCCUCAACACAGGUCCAUUUUGCCUCGGAAACCCUGUGCAUCUGUGUGUGUCGGUGUCUGUGUGCUCGUAGGUGCAUAGGUGUCUGCACGGUCCCCUAUCGUCGCUCUGUGGUGCGGCCUGCGCCUUCCCAGGAGGCAGAGCCGGGGAGGCCGUGCCUGCUGACGCAGUGGCUUCUUCCUGGACACCCGUGCUCGGCCCGAGCCGGCUGGGCCGUGGCCUCCGCGGGUCUGCAGGAGUCUUCUCUGUUUGCAUGUUCCUCGGGGUGUCGUGUUCCUCGCUCCUCUGGUCCAACGUGUGUCCCCCUGCCUGCAUGGACUCCCACAGACCCGUGUUGUGCGCCUAGAGCCGCUGUGUUCCCUGACCACCCGUGUAGUUACCGACCAUGCUGGUCAUCAAGCCAAGGGUGACGGAGGAGGUCAAGAGGUCGAUCAACUCCCCGCGCCCCUCCCCAUACCCCUCACACACCCAGGAUUUUUAACAAGUAGGUUGAAAACAAGUCCGAGUGCUGCCCGUAGUUGGGAGAGAUCAAGAACUGGAAUCGCCCCCUAGAUCAGAAGAGUCCCCCUCCCCUCACGCCCUCACUUCAGCCAUCUUGGAGCGGCUGCCCUGGCAAGGGCAGGUGCUUUCUCUCCAGCACCUCCCUCAGUCCAGCCGGCCCAGUCGCCCGGACCCCCACUGCCUCCUGCCCCUACGGGCAGGGCACUGUGGGAGCUGUCCAUUUAGGACCACAAGCCAUCCUCUGCCCGCCAUGGAGAAGGGCAGAGCCAACCACGAUGCUUCGUAUGCCUCUGUCCGAAGCCUCCUGACCCUGUCGCCUUCCUUGCCCCUCCCUGGGGCACCCAGGGGGCCAGGGACAGCAGCUGGCGUUUAGCCCCCCUCCCCGCUCCAGAGGAGCCGGUGCCAGGGUCCUCCGUCCCCUCACUGUGUUAACACUUGGCACUUGGCUGCCCCCGAGGAAGGAAGAAGACAGCCACACAGCUAAUCCGAGUAGUUCCCGUCCCCUCCUCAAGCGGUGGACGCUCCCUCUCGCACUGAGUCCCGCAGGCCUCUCUCAGGUAAAUGCCAUUUUAUAAAACAAGAAGAUACUAAGGCGUUGUCCAGGCAGCGCUCCAUUUUUGCCUAGUUGGUGUCCGGCCACCCCCCGACCCCCGGGCACCCCAGCGGUGGGGGGGGAGCCCCCCCCGCAGACAGAGGCUCUCCCGGCCCCCGCCCCCUACUCCGGGGCGGGGGGGCCUUAGAUCCCACUUGAAUCUUAAGCCUUCUUGCUUUUGAUAACAACACAGUAUUAUUUCUCUUACUGUAGAAGAAAAAAAAGUUUAUUACCAAACAAGAGUAUUUUUAUGAAAGAAAAGGACAAACUUAUAAAUUAAAGCUCCACCUAGUCUAUCACCCUCGGAAUCGCUCUCCGGCCCGUUGGCUGGUGCGUGGCCCGAGGGCGCCUAUUUUGGAAGAAAAGAGAUGCGUUUUUUGUACGCUUGCUUUCCCUUUUGUAGGCUCCUGUUGAUUUUCUAAGACUGCGACGAUCACUUUGUGACCAGCCCUGGGACCUGAGACCAAGGGGGUGUCUUGUGUGCGGGGAGGGCCGGGGUGGGCAUGAGGUUCAUGGGAUCGAUCCUUCCCAUGUGCUCCAGGGAGGGGCCCGCCAGUUCUCAUGGGCAUGUUGGCCGUCUCCGGUGGGCUCCGGGACCUGGGAAAAGUGGAGCACUUGCGGGUCAGUCCCAACCCUGGUAGAAGAAGUUAGCGACGCAUUGUUAAAAUUCAGAGGAUUGAAUUGCUUGUCGUCCCUGGCAAACCCAGAAAGAACUCUGGCUUGAGCGGUUUCAUCUCUUCGAACAGUGUGUGAAUUUAUGUGGCUAAGGAUAGGACAUGUGCUACUGUGUGUCCAGUGGACCCGAGUAGGAUUCUCGCCGAAGGGGAACUAGUCUUUGAGGAGGGGGAAAAAAAAGCCCAAUAGUUAGAUCCCCAUUUUGUCUUAUUUGCCAAACCAACCAACAAGCCACCCCUGAGGUUGAUGUUGUUACUUUGUAUAUACUGUAAAGUAUCGGCACUGCGCUCCCACUCUUCCAUUCUUCGCUAACCAAAGCCGGGCACUUUUCACCCGACCGCAGCCAUCUGGGUAUCAGAUGGGUCCAACCCAUGGGACCCGCCCCCUCCCAUCGGCAAGUCUGGAAAUGCACUAUUUCUACGGAUCUUCUUGCUUUCUGCCCGUAUUUUUCAUUUUCUUGCUGAAAUGACAUGAAUUGUUGAGUUUAUUUUUACACAGUAAAGCGUGAAGAAAGA